AUGCAGUCUCUUGAUCCUCCGGGUGUUCUUUCUUAUAAUUGGAGCUUCUAUAACUCCACAAUUAUUGGCGCUUCUGCAGUCCUUGGCUUCUUGCUUCAGUGGUCAGGUGCUCUAGCACUUGGGCAAACUUCAGCUACUACCCAUGUUGUUCUUGGCCAGUUCAAAACUUGUGUCAUUCUUCUUGGAGGUUUUCUUCUCUUUGGUUCCAAUCCCGGACCAACUAGCAUAUUUGGAGCAAUCACUGCUCUUGUUGGUAUGUCUUUCUACACUUAUCUUAACUUGCUUUCACAACAGCAAUCAGUUAAAACAUCGUCAAGACAAGCUUCGUUCUCUUUACCAAAAUCAAAGCUCGGCAAAGACAAUGGGGGCAGCGACGAGAUAAAUGGGGAUGAAUCUGUUAUUGCACUUACUGUAGUAUCCAUUGGUGUUUCUGUUGCUACGGUGACAGACCUGCAAUUCCACUUCUUUGGUGCUUGCGUCGCAUUGGCUUGGAUAGUACCAAGUGCAGCAAAUAAGAUNAUUUCUCAGGUUAUUGCACUUACUGUAGUAUCCAUUGGUGUUUCUGUUGCUACGGUGACAGACCUGCAAUUCCAUUUCUUUGGUGCUUGCGUCGCAUUGGCUUGGAUAGUACCAAGUGCAGCAAAUAAGAUACUAUGGUCCAAUCUUCAGCAACAGGAAAAUUGGACCGCCCUGGCGUUAAUGUGGAAGACUACGCCGAUUACUUUGUUCUUUCUGCUACCUAUGAUGCAGUCUCUUGAUCCUCCGGGUGUUCUUUCUUAUAAUUGGAGCUUCUAUAACUCCACAAUUAUUGGCGCUUCUGCAGUCCUUGGCUUCUUGCUUCAGUGGUCAGGUGCUCUAGCACUUGGGCAAACUUCAGCUACUACCCAUGUUGUUCUUGGCCAGUUCAAAACUUGUGUCAUUCUUCUUGGAGGUUUUCUUCUCUUUGGUUCCAAUCCCGGACCAACUAGCAUAUUUGGAGCAAUCACUGCUCUUGUUGGUAUGUCUUUCUACACUUAUCUUAACUUGCUUUCACAACAGCAAUCAGUUAAAACAUCGUCAAGACAAGCUUCGUUCUCUUUACCAAAAUCAAAGCUCGGCAAAGACAAUGGGGGCAGCGACGAGAUAAAUGGGGAUGAAUCUGUUUAAUUCUACAAUUGACUGAGAGAUGACAAACUGGUAUACUUGAGCAGAGAUUUCCUACUAACCUUGAUUUUUUUUUAUUUUUUGUAUUUAUAUUUUUUUUUUCUACAAUUGAGUUCUUUUGAUUCCGGAACAGAGAUCUGUUGAUGUCAUUGAAUCUGAUAACUAGCCUGGAAAUGCUUUGAUGACCAUUUCAG